GUGUUCUCCACGCACACCUCUUGCUACUGAACAUCUUUUCUGGUUGCACUUUAUAGACAUGCUUUUGCUGUUUGCAAUAUCAUAUGUCAGAAAUUGCAUUAUGUCAUGUCGUAAUGAUGAAUAUAUAGAAAUGCAGUAGGGGAGCCCCCCCACUGAAUAUAGGUUUGAUCUCGUAUAUGAUCUUUUAGUUUUGAGAUUUUUUUUGCAUCUUUACUUUCAAUCCCAUAGUUAAUUUCAUUGGCAUCACCGCAAUGCAUGGCAUGAUGCUCUUACCUAGUAAUAAGCUUAUCUUACAAUUUGUUUAUCUGUUAUAAUUUUAUUGAGCUUCUUUGUUAUCCCUUCAUGUGCUCAGAAAACAUGUGUAUGUUUUCUCAUUUGGGCUCCUGUAUGUGUGUUAUUUUUGCUAAAUUGUAGAGUGAGUUAUGCACUAACCUAAGUUUCAUUGUCAACAUACUCUGCAUUUCGUACAUUAUGUCCUUUCUCCUUUCUAAAAAGGUUGUUCUAGAAUGUACUGUCUAUUAGAACCUUUCUGCUAUAAUGGGCAAUGGUGUGUAUUUAAAUGAGCAGUGCUGGCUUGCAUCCAUAUCAUAUCUUAAUUUCAUGGCGUUCAACUGUUGACACGUGUAUGACUUCAAUACCAUCUAUGGCUCCUGUUGCUAUUAACUGUUUCACUGUUAUUUUAUUAUAGUCUACUGCAGUGCUGUUGCCCCAAUGUAGCUAUUGAAACCCUAGUUGACUAGUUGCAUGUAUUUUGAUAUAUGCUAUUUCGUGUUUGUAAUAUAUUUUUAACUAUAAUACUCCCUCCGUUUUAAAAUAUAUGACGUCGUAUAUUUAAAAAAGGAGGAACUAUAUUGUCAACUGCAAGCAGGUUAUUAGUUGUUGAAAAUUUUUCAGUAGUUAAUUCUGCUAUUUUAUGGGUUCGAUGUUAUUUGCUGGCUUUGGCUAUUUUGCUAGCUUAUUGAUAUCUGUCAGGCCUUAAUCGUGAACUUGUGAUUUGUGAUUUUCAUUGUUAAGGCCCAUAUACUAUAGGCCUAUGGCCCAUAUGUUCUAUAUAUAUAUGUCUCCACUGUUAGCAUCUUGACUAUUCUCAAAUCCAAGGUUAGUAACAUGGAAUCAGAGCAUGGUUUAGGGUUAGGAUUAGGUCUAAUCUAAUCCACCCAAGAGCCAUUUUUUUUCCGUCCCCGUCGCCCGCCGCUUCUAGCGGCCUCUCCUCCGCCCUCGCGGCUCCUCCUCUGCCGCCCGUCGUGGCUCGUCCCCGCCGCCUAUCGCGGCCUCCUCCGCCGCCCGUCGCGGCUCCUCCUCCGUUGCCCAUUGCGGUGCCUCACAAUCACCGUCGUGGCUCCAUCUCAGCCGCCGGUCGCGGCUCCUCAGCCGCCGUUGCGGCCUCAUCAGCACCCACCCUCUUCGUCUGCUUCCUCUGCUGCUGGUGUGCUAUUGUCUGCUGCAACUGUACUUCUCCUCUACUGUCUGUCUGUUGCUGUGCUCGGUGUGCUGCUGGUGUUCUACCAUCUGCUGCGACUGCUCUGCUCCUCUACCCAGCCAUGGUGAUAUCUGCUCCUCUGCUUUUCAACAUGUCAGAUAAAUGCAAUUGUUGUCAGUAUGACUCUAGAUGGUCACAAUUAUCCUGAGUGGGCUUUCUGUGUAGAAAUUGCUUUGAGGGGCACUGGUCUCUAUUUUCAUCUCACUGAUGAUGCACCUGCACUUAAGCCUGAUGGUAGUAAUGCUAAAGAAGUCACUGAUUAGCAUAUUAGUGAUGGCAAAGUGAUGGAUGGCAUGGUCAACAGUACUAAGCAAUCUAUGAUUAUGAGUCUGUCUAAGUUUAAAACAGCCAAAGCCAUUUGGUCUGCCCUGAAGGAUAGAUUUGUUCAGGACAGUGGUGCCCUUCUACAUACUCUCAUGUAGCAAACUCAAACAAUUGAGCAUAAUGAUAUGUCCAUUGAUGAUUACUACUCAGCCUUUGAUCGUCCGGUAGGCUCUUUGACCUCCAUGAUAGGUGCUUGUGCUGCUGAUUAGUGUUCAGCACACAAAUUUAUUGAGAAGUUCUUUGUAUAUCGCUUUGUCAUGGGAGUAAGGGAAGAAUUUGAUUCUCUUCGUAAAAGGCUGUUACAUGAUUCUCCUAACUUAACCAUGGUACGUGCUUUCUCUAAGUUAAUUGCUGAAGAGACUCGCCUUCGGUCUAUGUCUGUUGCAUCUAUGUCAGUAUCUCACAGUGUGUUGGCAGCUUCUCAGAAGUUCAGUACACCUAAAGGUACUUCUUCAGAUCCUUGUAAGCACUGUGGCAAGACUGGUCAUUCUCCAGAGAACUGUUUCCCUCAGUAUCUAGAGAAGCUGGCUGAGUUUCGUGCUUGUCGAGCUGCUAGGACUGGUCGUGGACGUGGUACUACUCCUACUCCAAAAGGUGCAGUGUCUGUUGCUGCUACCGCUUCUGUUGGUGCGCUGGUCUCAUCUUGGGUACUUGACUCAGGGGCUUCUUUUCAUGUGAUAUUGGAUCAGUCCCAGCUUGUUGGUUGCAAGGCAGUUACUGAAGGUACUUCUAUCCAGACAGCUGAUGGAUCGUCGAACAAGGACUGUGGUUGGGACUGGCCAUCGCCGUAGAGGUUCACCUAGCCUCUAUGUUCUUGAUACUUUGCAUCUUCCUCAGUCUUCAGCUCGCGUCUCAUCUGCUGCCUCAUCUUCGGCUUCUUCCUUCGCCAAGUGGCAUCAUCGUUUAGGUCAUUUGUGUGGGUAUCGAUUAUCUACCUUGAUAAAUAAAGGUUGUCUAGGUCCUACUUCCAUUGAGUCUAGUUUUCAUUGUAAAGGUUGCAAACUUGGAAAACAAAUACAACUUCCAUAUUCAUCUACUGUCUCUCAUAGUACUACACCUUUUGCUCUUAUUCAUUUGGAUGUAUGGGGACCUGCUCCUUUUUCUACAAAGGACGGUCACAAAUAUUAUGUCAUUUUUAUUGAUGAUCAUUCUUGCUAUACUUGGAUAUAUUUUAUGAAACAUCGUUCCCAGUUGUGGUCCAUUUAUUA